GAUAGCUCUGGGACCUUGCACCGUGUAGCAGGAUAGCUGCAGCAGACGUUUGUUAUUACGAGGCUCCCUCUAGCCAACAAAUCCUAAAGAAAGGACUCCAAACGUUCACCCUUUCCUGCUCCUGGGGAGAUCAUGGCUGGGACCCCAGGCAUUAAAGGGCCUUUUCUGGUGGUGAUCCUACAUCUUGUUCUCCUUUGCUCCUCUCAAAAUAAUCAAGGACCCCCUGGGCCACCUGGACCCCCAGGAGUACCAGGAAUUGAUGGCAUUGCUGGGGAACGGGGGAUAGAUGGCGAGGACGGUUUUCCUGGCCCUGAUGGGGAUGCAGGUAAUCCCGGUUCUUCAGGAUUAGCUGGAAUUGCUGGAAAUGACGGUUUAAGUGGCCCUGUUGGGGAUCCUGGGCCUGAUGGUCCCACGGGACAGAAAGGUGAGCCUGGAAAUCCUGGACCUCGUGGAGCUGCUGGUGUUGGGGCUGAUGGACCGCCUGGACCACCUGGGCCUGGAGGACUUCUGGGGGAAAUGGGAAAAGUAGGACUGCCUGGGGCAAUGGGUGUGAGAGGGCCACAGGGACCCCGUGGACCAACAGGACCCAGAGGUGCAGCUGGAAUGCUUGGUGCCUCUGAUCUGUGUCCAGACUCUUGUCCACCUGGUACCCCUGGGCAUCCUGGCCUACCUGGUAUGAAGGGUCACAAAGGUGUGAAAGGUGAAGCAGGUGAACCUGGAAAACAGGGACACAAGGGUGAGGAAGGAGACCAAGGAGGUCCAGGAGACGUUGGAUCGCAGGGUCCGAGGGGACCCCAAGGAGUACGUGGAGCCAUGGGAAUGAUGGGCACCAAGGGAGAGAUGGGAGCUCGAGGUCCUGAUGGAGAUCCAGGCCCACAGGGAGUUGCAGGGGCAACUGGGGACAGGGGUCAGAGAGGAGUAAUUGGUGAGCCUGGGAUUAAAGGUGAAACGGGUGUUCAAGGGCCACGGGGGAUCACAGGGCUUCCAGGUCCUAAAGGGGAAGCUGGAUUACCUGGUGUUGACGGCCGUGAGGGUAUUCCUGGGUUGCCAGGAGCAAAGGGGAACAUCGGCAAGCCAGGCGUUCCCGGAGAGGUUGGACUUCAGGGGCUUCCUGGUUUCCCUGGAACACCUGGACCAAAAGGCUUGAGUGGCCCUAAGGGAGAUGCCGGGAAGCCUGGGUUUCCUGGGACCAUGGGAUCUGCUGGAAAACAGGGUGAAAGGGGAGAACAGGGAGAGCUGGGACCUGUUGGACCCAUCGGUGAGCCUGGAGCUAUUGGAGAGCAAGGCCCUGUAGGUCCAGCCGGCAAGCCAGGCACAAGGGGACUAAAAGGGGAUCCUGGUUUUCCUGGUGUCCCAGGACCUCCAGGCCUGCCUGGAGUGAAGGGAGAAAGGGGUGAGCGUGGAGAAGCAGGACCCAAAGGAGAACAAGGAUCACAAGGUGAUGAGGGAAAUCCUGGAGAGAGAGGGGAAGUUGGUGAUGCUGGCGAAGCUGGACCAAAAGGAGAGGCUGGUAAUGCUGGUGAACCUGGCAAAAAGGGUCCAGAGGGAAGUCGAGGUCAGCCCGGCAUCGAGGGGCCUCCUGGCACACCUGGACCGCGAGGCCUGCAAGGGAACAGGGGUCCACGUGGGGUCCGAGGGUCUCAGGGACCUGCGGGUAAAGAGCCAAGUGAUCAGCACAUAAAGCAAGUUUGCAUGAGAGUUAUGCAAGAACAGCUGGCUCAGUUAGCUGCUAGUUUAAGGAGGCCAGAGUCUGGAGUUGCAGGUUUACCAGGAAAACCUGGUCCUCCUGGGCCUCCUGGACCCCCGGGAGACAAUGGUUUUCCAGGGCAAGGUGGGGCAAGAGGCCUCCCCGGACUCAAAGGGCCACCAGGGCCAAUGGGAAAUAAGGGUCCCAAAGGUGAAAUGGGAGAUAGAGGGUCCAGAGGGCCCACUGUGCGAGGACCCAAAGGCCAGUCAGGACUUCUUGGGCUUCCGGGAGAGCCAGGAAAACCUGGCUAUGGUCAAGAUGGUCAGGACGGGCAGAGGGGACCUCCUGGCAUGCCAGGACAGCCUGGCGUGCCUGGUCCUCCUGGUCCAGCUGGCCCAAAUGGCUAUUGUGACCCGUCAGCCUGCAACCUCCAGGCAGGAGCUGUCCAGCAGUCUCUGGAUGUAAAGGGACCUGCAGGGAACUAAAAGCCACUCUGGCAGAGACACAAAGACUGCUGGAUUAUCUCCCCGAGCACACAGCAUUUGUCACGCUCUCCUCCCAGGGGCCGUCGUCAGCGUGGUGUCUUUGAUACAUUAACCUCUUUGUGUGAGCAUGUUUUCUGCCAACAACAUCUCAAUCAAAAGGAAACAUCAUCUUUGAGUUGUGAAAAAAGGGCUUAUCUCAUUGUGCUUUUCAGGAUGAGAGGUGUUGCAAUUUAUCCAGAACUGUCCUCACAUCUCUAAAUGAAAUGAUCAAAAAAUAUAGUUUAUCCCACUCUCCUUUUAUCCCAUCCUCUUUUCAUGCUCCCCAUUUUCAGAUUUCUCUUCAGUUUUCUCAUAAACCAGCUCACAGAGUCCCCCAGUGCCAAUCAAAGCUGUGGUUGUGGUUUAUUUUCUGGUAUUAUGUUGUUUAUAUCAAAGGACGACCAAAGACAAACCUGUUGAAGCCCAAAUGUCUAAAUCAACAUUCCCUACUGUCAAACUGCUUUGUGAGCAAAUAAAACAGAGAGAAUGAAAAUGUCAUCAAGUCACACUGACUUUAGUACAUUUUGUAAAUCUGUAAAAAUGUGUGAAGUGUGGUUAAUUAUAUUUCCUACAAAAAACUCCUGAUGUGAGACUUUGCUUCAUUGUACAGAAGAACAACUUCGACUGAUGAGAAACGUUUACAAUUAUCUAACAAAUAAAUAAAACAACAUAACGUUAA